AUGGCAGCGUCGGCGACCCGCAUGUCUCGUCUCGGCCACGCAGCCCGCCUCUCGCAUCCCUUGUUCUCCGCGUUCAAUCCCGCAACACCCGGACUGUGUACCCGGAGAGCCUUGAUGUCCGCACUCCGAAGUGGAAGUGACCGCCUCGAGCCAUCGCUUGCGAAUUCACCUCCCCUCGUCGUACCGUCUGCGACGUCGCUGUCCUCGAACGCUUCUUCGCCCCAGACGGCGGCUCCCCCACCCCCUGCUCCGAAAGCCGAGCGGCCUAGACCAAAGCUAAGGUCCACCAAAGCCGCACUAGAUAUUACACCUACCGCUGUGGAGAGAUUGAGAGCACUUUUGAAGGGACCGACUCCCCAGCUCAUCCGCAUAGGUGUCCGCAACAAGGGUUGCGCUGGCUUGUCGUACCACCUUGAAUACGUCGACAAGCCAGGAAAGUUCGAUGAGAUCGUCGAGCAGGAUGGUGUACGAGUCCUCAUAGACAGCAAGGCAUUGUUCUCGAUCAUCGGGAGCGAGAUGGACUGGAAGGAAGAUGCCCUGAGCGCCAAGUUCGCAUUCCGUAAUCCCAAUAUCAAGGAUGCUUGCGGUUGCGGAGAGUCCUUCAGCGUUAGCUCAUGA